AUGCCCGAUCCUCAGGCUCGACCAUGCUCACCUGUGCAUAAUCACUACUUGUGUCUUGUGGAUUAUGGUACAUUGGUAGUGGUGUAUUGUGUGUGUGAUAUGGGAGGAACUUUGUUCUUCUGGUGUUUUGCUUCUGAUGCUUUUGCUUUGUGUAUUGUCAUCAUGGAAGAGGCAAAGAAGAACAUGUAUGCCUUUAGCACCACCACCUACACAGGAUUUCAGUGCACUGUUGACGAAGCAACAUAUGAGAAAUUCAAGGGGUUGCCUGGUGUUCUUUGGGUGUUGCCAGACUCGUAUAUAGAUGUUAAAAACAAAGACUAUGGAGGUUAAAUUCGUUUAUGGAAGAGGCACACAAGCUAUUCGACGAAAUGCCCGAGCGAACUAUUGUUUCAUGGACAACU